AUGGAAGAGAUGUCUGACUUUCAGAGACAACUUAGGGAGGUUAAGUCUCAACAUAACGAGAGUGAGCAGAAGCUGGUUAAGGUAGAGGAGACGGUGUCGGAGUUAUCUAAGAAGAUCUCAGGGAUUAAAGAGAUGUUCCUAUUGGCUGUUUGUGUCCUGCUGAGUUUGUUCAUCGUAAUCUUUAUGGUGUUCAUGUUGGGUGCCAAAACUUUCGAUCUUCAUUCACCCGACCCUGAUUUGUUCUCUACCCAAGGAGUAGAUGAGUCUACCGUUAGUCAGAGGAGGAAAUGGACGCCAACAGGGGAUAAAAUCCUUAUAGGUGCUUGGCUAAACACCAGUAAGGACGCCAUCGUCAGCAACGAGCAGAAAGCUGGUGCUUUCUGGCAGAGGAUUACCCAGUACUACAACUCAAGCCCUCUCCUCGUUGGGACAACACCAAGGGAGCUUAUACAGUGCAAGCAGAGGUGGGGAAGGAUCAACGAUCUAGUCUCCAAGUUCGUGGGAUGCUAUGACACGGCAAUGAGAGCACAGAAGAGUGGUCAAAAUGACGACGAUGUGAUGAAAGCUGCACAAGACAUCUACUACAAUGACCACAGAAUCAAGUUCAGUCUCGAACAUGCCUGGAGAGAGCUGAGACAUGACAUGAAAUGGUGCUCCACCUAUCAGGCUAAGGACACGGGGAAGGAGAAACACAAGCAAGUGUACUCGGUCGAUGGUGAAGAUGAUGGGGGAGAACCAGAGGCUCGACCAGUUGGGGUGAAGGCUGCUAAAGCAGCUAGCAAGAAGAAGAAAAUCGGGAAAGAAGAGGACUUGUCUGUGUUACAGUCCAUGUUCGAAAUAAAAGAAAAAAUUGCAAACCGUAAAGUCCUCGAGCGCUUACUAGCCAAAAAGGAGCCACUCUCUAAGAUGGAAACAUCUCUCAAAAACAAGCUUAUGUCAGAGAUGUUAUGA